UCGCUCUUCUUCGUCUCCUUCCUCUCUUCUAUUCUUUCUCUGAAACUUUCUCGAGAAAACUAUAUUUUCUCUCUCUAGAAAACACAAUCACAUUCAUUCUUUUCUCACCGUGAGAUCCCAAUCUCUCCUUUCCCGUCGAAGCAUUGAUCGGCGCAUGUGAUCAUAACCAUCUUCUCCGUAGUUUCUACCUUGUUCAGCCACUGUUCUUGAUUUAUCUCCUUUUCCAAUAGAAGCCAUAGAGAAAGUUUAACUAACACUUUUAAGCGAUCUUCUUUUCAUAAUAUCUCACCACACAAUGUUGAAGGCUAUUAAACAUGUCCUCGAACAUGACACUGCCGCCGAUAAGCUUCGCCGCAGAUCAUUGCAUUUCGAAAACAGCAAACAAGAUAAUGCCGAUCGUGGAUCACCGAACACUCCGCUCCGUACUCCGCCGAGUGGACUCACCUCCGCGGCGACCACCACCAGCACCAGUAGUUUCAAUUCUAGCUCAUCUGAAUCGGUGGGACGUGCUCCGGUCACGAAGAAAACCGAUUCCGGCCGGUCGAUUCCCUCCGCCGCGAAAUGUAAUCUUUCCGCUUCCUCCGCCGUUAAAUUUCCGACGAACAAUCCCGCCGCCGUGAAAUUGAGCAGUGCACCCGCCGCGCAACCUUCUAAGCCCGCCGCUUCCUCCGCCGCUAAAUCUUUAAAGUCGACCGCUCCCUCCGCCGCCGUAUAUCGGAGGUCUAGCAGUACCUCCGCCGGAGCUAAAGUUAGGUCCAACAGUAAUCCGAGAGCAGGUCGGAGCUCCGGAGCGUUGGACUCGGCUUUGGCUACAACGAAACAACCGGGCAAAAGCUCUGUUCCGCCGUCGCCGCCGGUCAAAAUUGUUCCCGCCGGGAAUAUAAUCCCGUCCGGGAAGGUCCAUAUCACAGGGAUGACGACGACUCAAGGAGUUACCAAAAGCAGGGUACUUGGACCAGGUUCCAAAUCGUACGGAUACGGCAGCGUUGUCCGAGGAAACAGCUAUUCUCCGACAACGUCAGUUUCUUCCUCCCCCGGCGCACUUGUAAUCUCCCGUAGCGGUGGUGGCUCCGAGGCAGAUACGUCGUGGCAGAGAGUGAUGAACUGUCCUAACCCAGAAGAAGCAAAGAGACUUGGAAACGAGAUGUUCAAGAAAGGUUCUUUCGGUUUGGCUUUGAAGUUUUACGACCGAGCUUUAGAGCUCUCCCCGACCAAUGCGAAGUAUCAUAGCAACCGGGCAGCUGCAUUGUCUGGUCUUGGUCGGAUUGGGGAAGCUGUGGUUGAGUGUGAACAAGCUAUUCAGUUGGAUCCGAGUUCUGCAAGGGCUCAUCACCGUUUAGCGACAUUGCUUAUUAGAUUAGGUCAAGUUGAUAUUGCCGGGAAGCACUUGUUCUCUGUGGAGGAACCAUCAGAUCCCAUGGUGGUGAAAGUGCUUCAACAAGUUGAUAGACACUUGAACAAAUGCGCAGAUGCAAGAAGACGUGGUCUAUGGAAUGUUGUUCUGACACAAGUGAGUGCAGCUAUGGAGUCUGGAGCUGAUUUGUCUCCUCAGCUAACUAUGUGUAAAGUUGAAGCACUACUGAAACUCCUACGGCUUGAUGAGGCUCAAACAGUACUAGCACCUGCCCCCAACAUGGGACUAUUGCCAGCAUCUUUCUUGAAGAUUCGGUUUUUCGAUAUGAACUCCCAAGCUUACAUAUAUUUUGUUAAAUCUCAGAUUGAGUUGGCUCUAGGAAGGUUUGAAAACGCAGUUACAUUUGCAAACAAAGCUUCAGAGAUCGAUCCAAGAAACCCUGAAAUUAAAACAUUGUAUAGAAACGUUGGAUUGAUAGUUAGGGCGCGUGACCGUGGUAAUGAGCUUUACGAAUCAGAAAGAUACACUGAAGCAGGCGCAGCUUAUACAGAAGGCCUCAAGUUUGAUCCACAAAAUGCUACUCUACUAGGUCAUAGAGCAGAGUGUUUCUUUAAAGUUGGGUUUUGGGAGAGCUCAAUAGAAGACUGUAACCAUGCAUUGCUCAUUUUACCUAGUUACACAAAGAUUCGUCGUCAACGAGCUGCAUCAUACAGCAAGCUGGAGAGAUGGGAUGAAGCAGUGAGUGAUUAUGAAACAUUAAGAAAGGAACUAUCUUACGACAGAGAAAUAGCUGAAUCUUUGUUUCACGCUCAAGUUGCAUUGAAGAGAUCUCGCGGAGGAGUAGUUCUAAACAUGGAGUUUGGAUGUGAAGUUGAGGAGAUUUCUACCCUUGAAGAGUUCAAAGCUGCAUUGACUCGUCCCGGAGUUUCCGUUGUACUUUUUAUGAAAGUCUCUGACCGUCAAUGCAAAGAGAUGUCUGUUUUCAUGGAGGCACUAUGUAUUCGUUACCCAUCUCUACAUUUCCUCAAGGUGGAGAUAGAGAAAUGCCCUGCAGUGGGUGAUGCAGAGAAAGUGAGGAUUGUGCCAACAUUCAAGAUCUACAAACUUGGGACUCGGAUGAAGGAGAUUGUGUGCCCAAGCAAGGAAGCACUGGAGAGUUCAGUGAGGCACUAUAGCCUUUAGCAAACACUCUCAAACACACUACUAUGUUCAUUGAAAAAUGAGGAAAACUUGUCAAUAAUCUCUCAAGAGUCUAGAGAAUUAGGUUUAGAGAUUUGAUUCAUUCAUUGCUCUGUUUAGGAGUCAUUUGCACAUAGAUAAUUUAUUUUGUUACUUAAAAGGUGAUGAAACCAUAGAAAAUAAACAGAGAGAGAGAGAGAGAGACAUUUAUUCAUGUUGUCAAAAAACAUUUUUGUCUUUGUUUAUGGUUUUUCCACUAAACAGAAUGGUUAAGGAUGCGUGGUUAACACUCGCUCCUGACUUGCAUCUUUAGCAAGAGUAGAGUGUGGGAACUGUAUACCAUAGAUGUAGACGGGAAGUACGUGCCGAAUGUUUUAAAUAGAACAAAUAACCGUGUC